CCGAAUCAGCUUUUCCCCGCCCUUCCCCGCCCAUUGGCUCCCGGUUGCCCAGAGGGAGGGGUGUGGCCCCCCCCGAGUCAUGUGAACAGACGGUCACAUGACCGCGCCCGCCGACGGCAUGGCGGUGCCCGGGGCGGCGGCGCUGAUCUUCCUCCUCCUCCUCCUCCUCCUUCUCCGGGCAACGGCGGUCGCAGGCUGCGGGUACCAGUCGUGCCCACCCACACGCCCCGACCUCCUCAACGUGCACCUGGUGCCCCACACGCACGACGACGUGGGCUGGCUGAAGACGGUGGAGCAAUACUACUACGGAGUGCAUAACGAGGUGCAGCAUGCGGGGGUGCAGUACAUCCUGGACUCGGUGGUGGCCCAGCUGGUGGCCGUCCCCUCCCGCCGCUUCGUCUACGCCGAGGUGGCCUUCCUGGCCCGCUGGUGGCAGCAGCAGGAUGAGGCCACCCACCGCACCGUGCGCCAGCUGGUGGAGGAGGGGCGCCUGGAGUUUGUGGGGGGGGGCUGGUGCAUGAGCGACGAGGCAACCACCCACUACGGCCCCGCCAUCGAGCAGCUGGCGCUGGGGCGCCGCUUCCUUGCCCGCCACCUGGGCGCUUGCGCCACCCCCCGCAUCGCCUGGCAGAUCGACCCCUUCGGCCACUCCCGCCAGCUGGCUGCCAUCUUCGCCCAAAUGGGCUACGACGGGCUCUUCGUGGGGCGAGUGGACCACCAGGACAAGGCGGCGCGGGAGGGGCUGCGGGAGAUGGAGAUGCUGUGGCGCCCCCCCCCCCCCGACGGCGACCUCUUCACCGGCAUCCUCCCCAACGUCUACAACCCACCGCCGGGGUUCUGCUGGGACCAGCUCUGCUCCGACCCCCCCGUGGUGGACCAGGACAGCCAGGAGAACAACGUGGACACCAUCGUCUCCGCCUUCCUGCAGAUCGCAGCCAGCCAGGCUGAGCGCUACCGCACCAACCACAUCAUCAUGACGAUGGGCUCCGACUUCCACUACGAAAACGCCAACCUGUGGUUCAAAAACAUGGACAAGCUCAUCGCCCACGUCAAUGCGCGGCAAGCCAACGGCAGCCGCGUCCACGUCCUCUAUUCCACCCCGUCCUGCUACCUGUGGGAGCUGCACCGGGCUAACCUCUCCUGGCCCCAGGUCCUUGAAGACGGAUGAUUUUUUCCCUACGCCGACGGUCCCCACCAGUUCUGGACGGGUUAUUUCACCAGCCGACCAGCCCUCAAGCGCUACGAACGCCUCAGCAAUAACUUUCUCCAGAUCUGCAGUCAGCUGGAGGUUUUGGCAGGAGCGGCGGCGCAGCAGGGACCCUACGGACCUGGGGACAGCUCUGUGCUCCGCGAAGCCGUGGCCGUGGCGCAGCACCACGACGCCGUGAGCGGAACCGAGAAGCAGCACGUGGCCGAUGACUACGCCAGGCAGCUGGCGGGGGGGUGGGGGAGCUGCCAGGUCCUGGUGGCCAAUGCCCUGGCCAGCCUCAGCGGCAGCAAGGAGAACUUCAUCUUCUGCAACGCCCUCAACGUCAGCGUCUGUCCCCUGACGGAGGCGGCCGGCCGCUUCACCGUCAUCCUCUACAACCCCCUGGGCCGUCGCGUGUCCUGGCCCAUCCGACUGCCGGUCAACGGGGUGUCCUACGCGGGUGUCGGACCCCAGGGCCAGCCCGUGCCCAGCGAGGUUGUCCCCAUCUCCAACUUCACACCCGCGGCUGCGGGGGGACGGCGCAACGCCACCAGGGAGCUCCUGUUCCAGGCUUCCGCGCCCCCCCUGGGCUUCAGUGCCUUCACGGUCUCCCGGCUGAGCCGUCGGGACCCCCGCGGGCCCCCCACCCACGCCGCGGGGCUGUCGCAGCCUCAGGAGAUCCAGAAUGAGCAUGUCCGGGUGCUGUUUGACCCCUCCACCGGGCACCUGAGGGAGAUCCAGAACCUGGACAAGAGCAUCUCGCUGCCCGUCUUCCAGAGCUUCUACUGGUACAACGCCAGCGUCGGCAACGACGAGAGCCCCCAGGCAUCGGGUGCCUACAUCUUCCGCCCCAACAGCUCCGAGCCCAUCCCCGUCUCCAAGCGGGUCUCCACGUACCUCGUGAAGAACGCGCUGGUGCAGGAGGUCUACCAGAACUUCUCCUCGUGGUGCUCCCAAGUGGUGCGGCUCCACGCGGGGCAGCCCUACGUGGAGCUGGAGUGGACCGUGGGGCCCAUCCCCGUGGCGGACGGCUGGGGCAAGGAGAUCAUCAGCCGCUUCCAGACAACGCUGCAGACGGGCGCCCGCUUCUACACAGACUCCAAUGGGCGGCAGAUCCUGGAGCGCAGGCGUGACAACCGUCCCACGUGGAACCUGAGCCAGACGGAGCCCGUGGCGGGGAAUUACUACCCCGUUAACAGCCGGAUCUUCAUCAAGGACAAGAAGUUCCAGCUGACGGUGCUGACCGAUCGCUCGCAGGGCGGCAGCAGCAUCUUUGACGGCUCCUUGGAGCUCAUGGUCCAUCGGCGGCUCCUGUACGAUGACAACCGGGGUGUGGGGGAGCCGCUGGUGGAGCUGGGAGCCAACAACCAGGGGCUGGUGGUCCGUGGCUACCACCUCGUGCUCCUCGACACGGUGGAGGCGGCGGGCCGACCAGCACCGGCCGCUAGCCAGGAGCAGUUCAUGGCGCCCUAUGCCGUGCUGGCCCCCGGGGGGGGUCCCUCUUACCGCCACAGCCAGCCCACCCUGCGGCAGUUCUCAGCACUGCGGCAGGAGCUGCCCCCCAACGUCCACCUCCUGACGCUGGCGCAGUACGCUGGGGUCCUGCUGCGGCUAGAGCAUCAAUUUGAGGGGGGGGAGAGCGCCAACAGCUCCCGGCCCGUCACCAUCGACCUCCUGACUCUCUUCUCGGCAUUCACCGUCACCUCGGUGCAGGAGAUGAGCCUGGGAGCCGACUUGCCCCUCGAGGCCAUCUCCCGCCUGGUCUGGACCCCGGCCACAGGAUCCAGGUUCAGCCUCAGUCCCGACCAGUCCGCAAAACUGGACCCCAGCCACAUCACGCUGCAGCCCAUGGAGAUCAGGACCUUCCUGGCCACCGUGCAGCACAAGGUGCCUGGAGCUGGCCCGGGGGGUCUCUGA